CUUUUAAAGUUGCAAACACCUCACGAGUCCAGCCUGAUCAGCUAGCUUCGUGUCACAACCUCAGUUUUUCUUCCUCCUGCCUCUGCCUGUAUAUCUCCGGAUUUCCAAUCCCCAGUGAGAGAUUGCUUCCGUCUACCUCCCGAGCCCCAGCUUCCCUCUCCAAUCCCCCUUGUCCGUGUGGUUUAGGAGCACCGCAGAAACAACAAUGGAGAUGGGUAGCUUCCCCUUCUUCUACGUCGCCGCCAUCACCUUUCUCACCGCCCUUUUGCUCCGCUCCUUCCUCACCAAGAAGCGGCGACGGCUGCCACCCGGCCCGGCGCUGGCGGUCCCGUUCCUUGGCCACCUCCCCUUCCUCAAGAAGCCGCUGCACGCCACGCUCGCGCGCCUCGCCGCGCGCCACGGCCCGGUCUUCUCCCUCCGCCUCGGCUCGCGCCCCGCCGUCGUCGUCACCUCGGCGGAGCUCGCCAGGGAGUGCUUCUCCUCCGACCUCGACGCCACGCUCGCCAACCGCCCGCACUUCCCGUCCGUGCGGGAGGUCUCCUUCGACUACACCGUGCUCACCCUCGCCAACUACGGCGCCCACUGGCGCGCCGCGCGCCGCGUCGCCGUCGUGCACCUCCUCUCCGCGCGCCGCGUCGACCUCAUGUACGACGCCGUCGUCGCCCGCGAGCUGCGCGCCCUGGUGCGCCGCCUCGCGCGCCUUACCGCCGGCGGUGCCGCGGCCAGGGUGGAGCUGAAGCGGCGGCUGUUCGACCUCUCCCACAGCGUCCUCAUGGAGGCCCUCGCGCGGAGCAGGAACACCUACUCCGACGACGGAGCGGACAUGUCGCAGGAGGCGCGGGAGAUGAAGGACGUUGUGGACGCCAUCGUGCCGCUCGUCGGUGUCGCCAACCUGUGGGACUACCUACCGGUGCUACGCUGGUUCGACUGGCGAGGCGUCGGGCGGCAGCUGGCGGACGUAACGAGCCGGAGGAACGCCUUCAUAUACAAGCUCAUCGACAGGGAGAGGCAGAAGCAGCAGGCCGCCGCCGACGAGCAUGAGGAGGAGCAGGGCAUGAUCGGCGUCAUGCUCUCGCUGCAGAAGUCAGAGCCCGACCUGUACACGGACACUUUCAUCGCCGCCCUCGUCGCCAAUCUUCUUGGCGUCGGGACAGAGACGACGUCGACGACGACGGAAUGGGCGAUGGCGCUCCUGCUGAACCACCCGGCGGUGCUAAAGAAGGCACAUGAAGAGAUCGACGCGCACCUCAGCGGCGAGCCGAGCCGCCUCCUCGACAAGAAGGACCUGCCCCACCUUCCUUACCUCCACUGCAUCAUCAGCGAGACGAUGCGGCUGUGCCCGGCCGCGCCGCUGCUGCUACCACACGAGGCCGCCGCCGACUGCCAGCUCCACGGGUACGACGUCGCCGCGGGCACCAUCGUGCUCGUCAACGCGUACGCCAUCCACCGCGACCCGGCUGAGUGGGGACCGGCGCCCGAGGAGUUCAGGCCGGAGAGGUUCGAGCAUGGCGGCGCCGAGGGGAAGCUCAUGAUGUCCUUCGGGAUGGGAAGACGCAAGUGCCCCGGGGAGAGCCUCGCCAUGAGGACCAUGGGUAUGGUUCUUGGCACGCUCAUCCAGUGCUUCGAUUGGAAAAGGGUCGGGGAUGAAGAGGUCGACAUGGCCGCCAGUUCCGGGAUCGUCAUGUUCAAGGCCGUCGCUCUGGAAGCUCUCUGCACACCGCGAGCCGGCAUGGAAACUCUUCUUCACAAGCUCUAAACUGAAAAUGGUUAAAGGAAGCAGAAAAUAAUUGGAACAAAAGAGUACACACACUAGUAGAAAUAUACUGUAAAUAACUAUAGUGUAAUUAAGUCUUUAUUAACUCCACAAUAUGUACACAUUGCAUAGUUUGUACUACCUUUCACAGCAAUGUUCUUGUGAAUAUAUCUUCGCGGAUGCACAUUGUAUGGCAUCCCUAAAUUAUUUCACAAUUUUUGGAAACUCAAAAAACAGGAGGUGUGAGAAUAUGAGUUGCACAUG